UGCGCAUCCAAAACGGCCGCCGCCAACCCGCCUCCUGUCGGUCUCUUCGCUGUUGCCUGCAUCUCGACCCCACCCCCAAGCACAAGCGCAUCACCAUCAUGAGCUGGAAGGAGUACUCCCUGGGACUGGCGGCCGCCGUCGGCAUCCUCGGCGUCGGAUAUGCCAUCUACUUUGACCAGCGACGACAGCACGAUCGCGAUUUCCGAAAGAAGAUCAAGAAGCAAAAGAAGGAGGCCCAGCGCUUGGCUGCCCUGGACAAGGUCGCCCAGGAGGAUGCUGUUCGCAAGGCUGCUGCUGCCGCCGGCCCCAGCGAGCCUGUCAAGCUCGAGGAUCCCUCCAAGCUGUCCGCCGAGGAGCGACAGGCCUACUUCAUGAAGGUCCUCCAGACCGCUGAGGAGCUGCUUGCCCAAGGCCCCACUCAGUACCAGAAGGCCGCCCAGUACUUCUACCACGCCCUGAAGAUGUACCCUGAUCCCAUGCAGCUCCUGAUGGUUCUGCAGCAAGCCGUCCCGCCACCCGUUUUUGAGCUGAUCAUGGAGCUUACCUCGCAGGAUUUUUGCUCGCCCUUCUUAAUACUCAAUAUAUUCACAUCCCAUCUCUUGCACACUUGCCCUCCCAUUCUGCGUCCACCGCCUUAUCCUCGCUGUCCACUGAAUGCGUCCUUCGUGGUCGCUUGGAUGGCUCCUACCCCGCUCUCUCUGUUCUGUCUGAUUGGCUGUCGGCCUCAACGCGAUGUCCUCUAUCGGACUGGUGGCGAACUGGAUGGAUGCUUGGAACAUGGGCCUGGAACAUGGACUUGGAACACGGGCUGGGUGGAUCUGGAACUCUCAUAUGGCCAACUGGAUCGCUGGAUGGAUCGCUGGAUGGAUCUCGCGCUGCAUCGGCACCCCCAACAGGUCAAUGACAAGCAGGCCAAAUACUUUGACAUCUUUCCAGCCGAGUCCAUGAACGUCAAGGUUGAGGAAGUCGUGCAUGGAACCACUCCGGACGGCAAGCGCCUGAUCCGCCGCGCUCUGAUUGCCCUGAAGGACUUUGAGGAGAACGAAGUCAUAUACCAGGAACAGCCCCUUGCCUCGACCCGGAACUGGAGACUGGAGAGAGGCCGUGUGUGUGACCAGUGCCUCAAGACUCUGAGCCCUGACAAUAUCGAAGAAUAUCCCGACUGCAGCAGCUGCCACAGCCAAGUCUACUGCUCUGAAAGCUGUAGGAGCACUGCAUCGACUCUCUACCACGGCUUCCUGUGUCCCGGUGCUGAUCAAGCCGCCGAUGCGCAAACACCCCUCGAGCUCUAUGCCCAGACCCACGACACGUUGAUGGUAAUGCUGAUUGCCCGAUUCAUGGGAAGGCUGGUCCACGAGGAAACUCAAAAGAACGAAACAAGCACAGCUAGCGGCGAGUCAAAGCCGGAGGAAAGAUAUUCGACCUGGGACCACGUUGAACGCCUCCAGCGCCUGAAGCUCGAUACAAUCGAUUUGAUGGCCGAGAAAGCACUGAUCGACGAGCACAUGGGCAGCAAAGUCCCUGGCUUCGAUGGCUUCUUCAACGAUGAACGAUACGAGCAGCUUCGAUCCAAGUUCCAGUUCAACGCUUACCAGAUCACGGGCAAGUCCACUGAGGUGGAUCAGCUCAAGACCGAGGGACGAGUUGCUACCAAGCACAACGCCAAGGGCCUCGGCGUGUAUCACAUCUCCAGCUUCAUCUCGCACUCCUGCGCACCCAAUGCGGCAGUCGAGUUCCGAGGCGACGACCACGAGCUCACACUCGUGUCCAAGACUAAAGUGCUCAAGGGUGACGAGCUGACUCUCAGCUACGUCUGCACGGACAGCCUCUCCAAGAAUGCCCGGAAGACGCUGUUAAAGGACCGUUUCAAACUUAUUUGCAAGUGCAACCUUUGCAAGGCGUGAUGCACGGACACUGCGUUGUAAUAUACGGCAAUAGUACAAG